AUGUUCUCCCUGAAGCUACAAGCUGCAGGGACAGACAUGAUAUGCCAGGAGACACUCUUGAUACUAGAUGUAGGUAUUGAAAAAUCUCUACUACGGAGGAGCAAAGGCUCAGGCAUUCAUGAAGAUAAGGCUACCCACGAUUUCAAUAUGUAUGGCGAUGAGUUUCCUGAUGCAGGCCAUGUCCAGAGAGAUCUGCACAAUAGUGCUGCCAGCAGCCAAGUCCUACUUGACUACAUCAGUAUUUCAGCCUCCUAUCAGUCAAAUAGCAGCAGGUGUCCUGUCUGCUUGCACUAUCAGGGCUCCUGCCGCCAAAACUUUGCCUUCUGUCCAAAGGACACUGGUUGUUAUGACGGUGAAAUUGCCAUUGAAGGAGGUGAGUGCUGGAGGCUGCAUCCCCAGGAUGAGGGAGACAGAGGUGGGGUCAAUGCCAAUUUUAGCAUUAAAGGAUGUCUGGACGUGACUACUGAAGUAAUAUUUAAGGCAGACGAAACACUUGGGAUCUUCAGCGUCUUGGAAAACGUGAACUCAAUGACUGCAGCUCGUCUGGGUUCUGCUUCUACCAGGCAGCUGGUCUGGUCUCUGAGUCUCCUUUGCAAUUUACUGCCUGCCCUGGCUGAGAGGGGCCUGGAGGAACUGGUUGGAUUCUGGGACUUCCUGAAGCUGCUCUGA